AUUAGAAAUUGCCCAUUAAUGUAUGGAAUAUAUUAUUUGGAACGAUUAUUUCUACGUAUUAAGUUUUGAAAGUCAUUGAUGACCGAUAUUUGCUGAAGUUAUUAGAGUAAUGAAUACAGUAUUUGUUGCUUGAGUUGUAAUAAACAAUAAAGAGGGCAAAAUGGAAGCAAUGCAAUAUGAAUUAUCAAGAAAUAUGACAUUAUUGUUCUUUUUUGAACGUCUUAUGGAUGAAGGAGAACCUAGGACUCUUCAUGAUUUGAGCUGCCAGUUUGGAUCCAAAGGAUUCACUAAAGAAAUGAGGCAAAUCGCUGGUGGUUCUCAAAGUGGCCUUAAAAAGUUUCUAGGACAGUAUCCAAGUCUUUUCAAGAUUGAUGGGGAAUAUGUUAUGAUUAAUAUGUUUCAAACUGAGGGAGGAAAAGAUGCUGAAGGCGGUAAAGACUACACAACACAAGCAGUCGAAUUUUUCUCUGAAAAACUCGCGCAGUAUGGUGAAGGUACUGAAGUGCCAAUAAGAAGCCUGCUAGGACAUCGUUCUCAAGCCAACCCAGAAGUAAGACAUGUCUCUGGUCAACAUUUCACCAAAACAGGAUGA